GCACUUGAAACACACGUUUCAUUACUACACGUGUUUUUUUGUUUACAAAAAUAUUUUUUUAUUUUUCUUACAAGAAAAUUUAUUUUAUUUUUGAUUUACAAGUGAAAAAUGAAGGAACAUGCAGAGAAACCAGUUACAGAUGAAUAUUUUGAGAGUUAUGAGAAUUUAGAGGUUCAUGAAUUGAUGCUCCUGGAUUCCGCAAGGACAGGAGCUUACCGGGAUGCAAUCCUGCAGAAUUGUGAGCUUAUCAAGGACAAAAUUGUGAUGGACAUUGGUUGUGGCACAGGGAUCUUAUCGCUGUUUUGUGCUCAAGCCGGUGCGAAGAAAGUCUUUGCCAUUGAAGCGAGUAAUGUGGCCAAAGUAGCUGAAGAGAUUGCUACAGAGAACAAUUUUGAAGAUGUCAUUGAGGUAUUCCAUGGGAGAGUUGAGGAUUUCCGCUUGCCAGCUGACAUUGAAGCUGUCGACAUUAUUGUUUCCGAAUGGAUGGGAUUCUACCUUGUGCACGAGAGUAUGCUGGAAUCCUACCUCUAUGCGCGGGAUAAUUUCCUAUCAAAGGAUGGCCUUAUGUUCCCCGACACAGCAUCCAUCUAUACAGCUCCAUGUCAACUGCCGCAAAUGUUUGAGCUUUGGGAGGAAUUUAAUGGCUUGAGGAUGUCUUCAUUCGGUCAGAGAUUGCGAGCACAGAAAUCCUCCAGGCCGGAAAUAAUGCAACUCAACCAAUCGCAGCUUCUUCAUCCCGGUGAGCUGCUCACUUGGAUUGAUCUCAAGACCGUGACACAGGAGGAUGUGGAUAGCAUUGGUGAGACAUUUCUGAUGCUUGCGCAAGACUUUGGCAACUUCCAAGGUGUCUGCAUUUGGUUUGAAUGCACCUUUCCCUCGCACGGGGACAAUCUUCCCAUAACAUUGAGCACUGGCCCGAAAGAUGAGGCGACCCAUUGGAAACAGACCGUGAUCGUUCUCCCAGAUACUUCAAUUCUCACCGUUGAGCCAAAUGAAGCGAUGGCCUACGAAUUGUCCAUCAAGAGGAAUCCAUCAACGGCAAGAGGGUACACCCUGCAACUGGAUCAAAUUGAUGCUGACGAAGUGGACCAUCCCAUUCCCUGCGAUUGCAUUCUAACAAAGUGCAUUGUACUAAAGUCUCACUUGGCAAAGUUCGAGGGUCGGUGUGAUGAUGAAGAAGAGUCCGAAGAGGAGGAUGAGAAUGAGGUGUGUGACAAUGAAGAAGAAGAACAACCCAGAGAAUAGAAAGGGAAGCGCGGCAUCAUUAACACGGUUUGUAAUUCACAGAGAGCGGAAAGAAAUCUAAUUUUUGCUGUAAUAUUCCAAACUAUAAAAGAAAUGAAAAUGAGGUGAAUUGUGAGACAAA